AUGACGAGGGAAUUAUUACUCUCCCUAGUGCACAAUGCCAGAACCCAGCUGACUAACGAAAUGGUGGCACUGAAUGACGACAUUCUAUUUUUACAAAAUGAGUUAAGCCUGAGUAAGAACAAGCACUGUUCCGAUCUGGUGAAAAGAAAAACAGACAUAACCAAGGAACAGAAGUUAAAGCAAUUAAGUGGCUUCUUGACAAAAUACGUAAUGUUUUUGUUGGAUAAAAGAGAAGGCAAUGCACCUUCCGGUGGUUAUUACUCUCAUGUGAUGAGCAGAAAUGACGGAAUUGCAAGUGUUAUGGAGGGCAUAGACAAGGCGGAAACAAGGAAAGAAAACAGUGCAGCCGAACGUUUGAAAGAUUUGUGCCAGAAGAGAAGCGCACUGGAGGAUAUGCUGCGUCUGCUGCAGAUAAGUGAGGUAGAAAAGUUGAGUGACGACAAAUCGCAAGACGUAUUUUCUGACUUGAUGUUUCAGUUGAAGAGUUCGAUCCUCGGGGGGACAGGACAUUUGUUCAGCAGGAUGCGGAACAGUGAGGAGGGGGCUAAGUUUCGGUUGGGCAAAGCGAGUGACAAUGGUGGUGAUAAUAAUAACGAUGAUGAGGAGGAGCAUGAUGAGGAUAAUGAUGGUGAUGGCAAUGCUGCGCGAGGAGACCGCUGUUCCACCGCGACAUCGGCGGGGGCAGGGAUAAACUCCAGCCGCGAGCUGGUCACCGAUUUGGAGGAAGCAAGCGGGUCAUCCGAUGUGCACGCCGAUGGUACACUGAGGGGAAAGAGGCCUGCUAAAAGCCCCUCACUAGAUGCACACAUCUCCGAAAAGGGAAGCCCCUUAACUUGCAAAUCGCACACGGAGGAAAAACUCCUUCCAAAGAGUGCCUCUCUCACAAGUCCGUUUUUAAAAAAACAGCAAAAGUGCAGGGGAAGAAAUAAUCAGGGCGAUUCCUCCAUGCAAAAGUUCAAUUUGAUGAGAAAAUGUUUUAGCAACACGAAUGGGGUUGUCACGUCGUUCCUCUUUGACCGUGAUAGGAAGAUGGACGAAGGAGCAGCGGACAUAUCCACGGGAAGCAGGAGAAAUGAAAAGAGUGAAAUUUCCAUUUUGAGGAAAUUCUGCCUUGAAGAAUCAUCAGUCCAUCUGGAGAGUAAACAUACAAACGUGGCAGUGCUGAAGGAGCAUAUCGAAAAAGGUAGCCCCAAAAUUUCAGUUAAACCGAUCCCCCCCUCGAUAAAUAAGAGUGGAAAAAAUGUGUGCACAAGGAAGGGGGGCAAUCAAUCGAAUGUUGAGGCAUGGGAAGGACGUCAUCAAUCGGGUUCGUUUGACUCAAUCUCCUCCGGCUGCUCCUCCUCCUCAUCUUCUUCGGACGCGUCUGCAUCGAGAGGUCCUGGGAGGGAAAGAAGCGAAUUGGGCAGACAGAUGGGGAGAAAAAAGUACCUCAUCAGAAUAAACAGAAAGGGGCAUGGCAGUUUUGAAGUUAAAAAGGACGGAGCAAACUCGUCCAAUCGUGCCUACGAUUUUGAGGUCAUUUAUGAGGAUACCGAUGGAGUGGUUGGUAGGAUGGAUGCCGCUGCACCGGAAGAGAGAACACCGAAACAGUUGGUGCAUUUUUCAUUUUUGAGGAGAGGGGGAAAGAUAUGCGGCGUGCAAAAGUUACACAUCGGGGAUAGCGAACUUGUGAGGAGUCUCCAUUUCAGGAGUACCACCAAGGGUGGGCCUCGCGAUGAGGUUGUCGAUGGUGUAUCGCCAGGAGAGAACCAGCUUGUGCCGCGGCGAAGGAAGGAACGUACAACGAAGGAGGCGCGUAAACGAAUCAAUCUGCUGGAAGAGAAUUUAAAAAACUUGAGGGAGGAAAAUUUCAGGAAGAAGUACGAGCUGACGAGAAUAAUAGACGACAUGAAGAGGAGAAGAAUGAAAGGUAUGGUGGCCAACGAGGGGGUUAAUUCCGAGGGGGCGAAUCACCAUGGGGCUACUUCCGAUGGUGAGGCAGCGUCUUACAAUAUGGAGUUUGUAGAAACGAAUCGACUACGCGGACUGUAUAUCCACAUGCUAGACAAGCAGAGCCAACUGGAGAGAGACAAAAAUUUCUACAAAAAUGAACUGGAAAAAUUGCAACAAGAUAUAAAAAAUGGAGAAGCUCCAUUAGCAGAUUUUCUCAGGGAAGAGAAAGAGAAAUUCAUACAAAGAGAAAAAGAAUUCUACAAAAAGGAGAAGAAAUUUUUACUAGUAAAGAAUCAACUGAGGAAGAAGGUUACCAACCUGAAGAAUGAGUUAGAGAUAGCGGAAGUGAAGCUGAACAAAGAGAGGGAAGUGAAUAAAGGCUUGAAGAGUACCAUCACGGAAAAUCUCUCCGUCAUAGAAAAGAAGGAUAGUGAGAGGAGGAAUUCCGAACUGGAAAACGAAUCCAAGAUGAAGAUGCUAAACAUAGAGCUGCAGGAACUGAUGGAUACCGUGGUGAUAGAGAAGAAGGAAAGAAAUAAAUUGCAGGAAGAAAUCUGUCUCAUUAGGAAAGACAUGGCAUUUGAUAAUUUCAAAAAAGUUGUCUUAGAAAAGAUCACAAGAACGAAUUGUGACAUAAAAUACCUCGCGGAGAUCCUCGAGUUGUUAACGAAAGAGCUGGAGAAGAGAAUAUCCAAGGAGAGUUCCAAUGAGAAACAUGUGCGCGAAUUGAAAGAGGAAUGCAAGAAGAAAGAACAGCUGCUAACCAGUGCCCAGGAUAAAAUUAAGCAGGAUAAAAGAAAAAUGAAAAAGAUGAGGGAGGAGAUAGCCUACCUGCAUGAGAAGAAUAGGAAGUUGGUGGACAGCGUCAAGUGUAUCGUUGCCCAGGGGGCGGGGGAAUUUCCUAACGAUAACGAGGUGAUCACUCCAGAGGGGGAAGGCAGGACGAUCUCUGAAGACGAGGGGUACUACCUCCCUUCUGACGAACGAAGCGGAGUAGUAAUGCACCAUCCGCGGAAGACUUCACAGAUUUCCCAAUCGAAUGACACCGCUGGGAGGAACAGAAAAGGGAGGAGGGGGAAGGAGUGCGGACCAAGCUCAGGCAAAAGACGAUUCAGCAAAAAUAGGCAGAGCUUUACCAGCUUCUCGGACAACAGUUCGCUAUUUCUGUGUCACGACAUGGACACCAAGCGGGGGUACUCGUCCGACGAGCUGACAAGUGGCGCGGGAGACCGGGUCUACGUGUCCCGGGGGCUGAUUCGGCACACCUUGAGGUGA